ACUUUUACUGUUUUCGAUUUCACUUUAGGAUUCACACAUCUUCAUUACGCACUCAUUGUUGAAGUCAUGUACUUAGUGCUUGGCUUUUUCUAUUUACUGCUGUUGGUCGAAGGAAACAAUGAAAACAAAUUCAGGUGCAAAAAACGCUUCAGCAUUGAUUGCCAACUGCGGAAAGUAAAAUGGUUCUACAAUCCCAUAGCGGCUAUGUGUUUGCAGAGACUGACUUGUGGACAGGGUUUUACUUAUCGAUCGGAUUGCGAACGCCACUGCAUUGACCCUCGCAAACGGGAACUGCAAGAACCAGCUAAGUCGCUUGCGGAAGUUCAAAGGAUAUUAGAUCAGCUUAACGGAAAAUACAAGCCAAAGACGAAGCCUCCAAGGCCAACCAGGCCAACCCCAAAGAAAACCAAACCUUCACCGGUUACAACUCCAGUUCCUGUUACGAGUGUUAAGAAGAAUCUUUUUGCUUCUGAGAGCCCAGAGGAACUUACAAUAAAGGACCCUCUUGAAGUAUUGGAUCCUAGCAAUUUAAAUUUUAGGAAAACAACGCAAUACAAAAAAAUGGCCCGAGAUACAACUACAACUACUACGCCGAAGAAGGGCCUUUUAGAAAAAGUCAUUGAGAAACCAAAAAGAAUAUAUGAACAACUAAAAAGUUGGGGUAGAAAUUAAUUCACCUGUAAAAAUAAUAAACAGAAAAUGCUUCAAAACCCUAAGCAUUUACAUUUAUGGCAGUAUUAA